UCUUAUUGCACCGAUGGCCGCAUGGAGCCUCGCGUUCCGCGACCGCGUCGGCGACGUCAUGGACGGUGGGCUCACGGUCGAUCUCUCUAUGAAGGCGCCGCUGCUCGACGAGAUGGCGACGCUUCUCGAGGCCAACCCGCGCUCCGACGGCGACGCCAAGCCGCUGCAAGAGAGCAUGCUCGCGCUCUGGGUCCUUCUUCUCAGCCACGUGGACAAGAUCUCUGUGCUCAAGUACAAGUACAUGUGCUAUCGCUUGCUCGAGGCUCUCGUCCAGCGCGACGAGUUUCUUCUCUUGCACCUCGACUUUGACUUCAACACGAUGGACGUGCGCAAGGACGGUGACCGCGACGCGUGGCGACUUGUGCACCUCUACCGAAAGCUCGUCGGCGACACCUUUGUGCACGCCUCGUCGCUGCUCUUGCGCAACACGCUUUCGGUCGAGCUCCAGCGCUUUUGUGCGCUCGCAGCCACGCGGGCGUUCUUUGUGUUUCCGCUGCUACAAGCGCCGUUCGUCGACAUUUGCAACUGGCGCUACUGUCAACACAAGCCGUUGCGACCGACCGACCUGCACGAGACGCUUCAGUCGCAACGCCGCACCCACCUCGCCAAGUGCGCCGACACGGCGUUCAUGGAUGCCUGCCCCGAUCUCUUUCACUGGGGCUGGCUCGCCAAAGAUACCGACGCGACGUCGCUACUGCCCGACGACAGUCCGUGGCGCCUCGUCCUCGCUUCGGACGGCAGCUUGUUUGUGCUGUUUGUGCAGGCAGUUACUGCGUUCGUGGCCUCCAUGACGCACCGGGCGGGCGUGCAUGCGCCCAACUGGAGCAUGGUGCCGGGGUACCUCGACCUCAUGCAGCUCUUUGCGCUGCUCGUCUAUGAUACGAUCGUGUGGCUCAAUCACGUGCCGUCCGUUGGCGAGCUCACGAGGGCGGCCAUGUUUCCACUGACGUUUUCAUUGGCCGACCAAGUGUUGGAAUGCGCGUCCCGAUCCAUGGCCAACCCACGUAUGGUGCAAGUGCUUUUGCCCACGGUGGUCGUGGGGUUGCAGCAACAUACCUCGUGGCACCCCGCGGGCUUGACGCGGUCGCUCCACGCCAUCUCCCGCUGGAUUGACGUGGCGUCGCAACCCUACAUCCACAGUGCAGGCAGCAACCAGAGCGAGCCUCAUCCGGCGACGGCGCUCCAGAGCCUGUACUUGUACCCGUCGUUUGUGCCGCUCGGCACGAUGAUACCGAUGUUGCUGCAGUGGCUUGCAUCCAAGGACGACUCGGUGGUGCUGCCGGCGCUGCUCUGGAUCGACGCACACCUCCAGCACAUGCCGUCGGAGAGGAAGGAGCAGGUCGUCUCGACCCUCUUGCACCCCAAGUUGUUUUAUAGCCUCUUUCUGCACUGGUCGCCGCAGGUCCGCGCCGUCAUGCACCACCUUUUGACAUACCAGCUCUACCGCCAUAACCGCCGCCACUUGCAGCUCCACUCGGACGUGACAUUGCUCUUCGAGCGAGCAAGUGACGUGGCACCGCGUAGCUUGGCCAAGGUCUCGGAGAGUCCGAAUUUUAUGCUCGAUAUUUCAAGCGCAAGCAAGAUGGAGACGCAUGUGUUUGUCUUGACGUCACCGAUCGUCGGCGUCCCGCCCUUCCCCGAGGCCCUUUGCAUUUUCAUUGACGUCUCGCUCGCCGAGUACACGGCGACGCUGGCGCAGUACUAUACGGCGUGCCAUGCUGCCGAGACGGCCCUCGGUCGACGCCUCUACAGCGACGAAGUCGUUGCGGGACCUGAUGUCCAGCUCCGCUUUGCGCUCUCUUCGGCUUGAAAACAUCCUUUUCACCGUGUCGAAUGCUCGAGUGCGGCCAUAGAUGAUCACCCGAUGGACCGCUCGCCAUGUGGAGUGGCGUGAGGGGUAGAAGCCACAAAGCUAACUGCUACAUAAAGCCCAUUUAGCCUGCUGUCGACUAGCUAGAUGCCAAC